UGUGUGUGUGUUGUAUAUUACGCAUGCUGUCAUGUGACAUCAGCAAGGUGGCAAAGAUGGCAAGCUUCGGAGUCACAAACACAAAUUUAGAAACACACACUUAGAUGCGCACAUAAUCCCAUUUACACACACACACACACACACACACACACACAUAUAGACACAGUGAAGCAAACAGGCAGAGGCAUUAAUCACAGCAGAGAAAGAGCAGAUGGAGAUGCUGUGAAGAGGAGCUGAGAAGUGUGUGUGUGAGAGAGAGAGAGAGAGAGAGAGGAGGGGAAAGCAAGGGGGGAGCAGAAGGAAGGGGGCUGAGUAAAAACGAAGGUGCUGAGAGAACGCAGAAGAUAGAGACGAGAGAGAGAGAGAGAGAGAGAGAGAGAGGAAAUACAGGAUGCAGCCCAUAACAACAUCAUAUGCAGGGAGUAGAGAGCUUGAGACACACACACUCGGUGAGACGAUGGAUGGAUAGAGACUCCAGGGCAGGGACCAAGUGACAGUGGCUGACUGCAGCACCUGUGAGCCGCAGCAACAGCAUCAUUAGCAUCUGCAGCUCCACGAUCCUGGACCUGCUUUUUCAUUUCAUGGAGCAUGACAGCCUGGCCGUUUUUAAUUAAAUGAGGAUAAUACGAACAGCAGCCUGUGCACCAGCUUCUGAAGCCCCUCUUCAUUCAGCAUGCGCUGGGAGAGCGAGAGAACACGCUCAAGUGGAAUCACUGGCGGCCGUCGAAUACAGCAUAACACGAGCAGCGCGAGUCUCUGUUCUCACAGCAACAGCAGCCGUACAACUAACGCUCGCACUGUUAGCUCCAGCAAUAGUAGGGACAUCAGGUAGCACAGUAAUCAGGUUGCAGGACAGGUGUAGCUUUUAAAAUAGCAACAGUAACAGGUUGUAAUUUAAAAAAAAAAAAAAAAAAACAUUCAGAGUAGCUCUAUUCCAAUGUUGCAUUUGUAGAAGUACAAUAAAUAACUUUUUAGUGAUAGUUGUUAAGCUGUAAUUAUUAUUUGUGGAAUACUCUAAAGGGAAUUCAGUGUUUUUUGUUUCUUUCUAUAUUGACACUAGUAGUAGCAUCAAUAUCAUCAGUAUGAAGUACUGACAUGCUUUAAGAUUUAGUUUAAGUGUGUAGUAAUUUGUUGUCGUCACUUUAGCAUAACACUUGGUAGUGAGUGAUAGGUCCUGCUGUGUGAUUGUAGUUAGUGUGUCAGCUGUGUUUGUGGUUAUGGUGAAGAGAGCGAAGGCUCCAUCCAUUUUGGCUGAUGAAGGCCUCCUGGAUACGGCUGCUGAAAAGAGCAAAGGGGGGUCGAGUCAAGAACGAUAUUGGCGGUUCGGCAGACUCGUACACCAGUCGACCGUCUGACUCGGAUGUGUCUCUAGAGGAGGACAAAGAGGCACUGCGCAGAGAGGCUGAGAGGCAGGCCCAGCUCCAGCUUGAAAAGGCCAAGACAAAACCAGUAGCGUUUGCUGUUCGUACAAAUGUUAGCUACAGUGCUUCCCUCGACGAUGACGUCCCCGUGCCUGGCAUGGCCAUUUCAUUUGAAGCUAAAGAUUUCCUACAUGUAAAAGAGAAGUUCAAUAAUGACUGGUGGAUUGGCCGCUUGGUGAAGGAAGGAUGUGAGAUCGGUUUCAUCCCCAGUCCAGUGAAGUUAGAAAACCUUCGCAUCCACCAGGAGCAACGAACCAAACAGAGCAAAUUCUCCAGCAAAUUGGGGGCUAACUCCUUGUCCAGUUUAGGGGACAUUGUCCCAAGCUCUCGAAAGUCUACUCCUCCCUCCUCAGCCAUUGACAUAGAUGCUGUGGGUUUAGAGUCGGAGGAGCCUGAACCUCCUCCUCCUCCCCAGCAGCGUUCUCCUAAAGCCAGCCCAAACCAAGUCAUAUCCACUUUAACCCGUGAGAAACGAAUGCCCUUCUUUAAGAAGACUGAGCACAUCCCCCCAUAUGACGUGGUGCCCUCCAUGAGGCCUGUGGUCCUGGUGGGACCCUCACUCAAGGGUUAUGAGGUGACAGACAUGAUGCAGAAAGCAUUAUUUGACUUUCUGAAGCACAGAUUUGAGGGAAGGAUAUCAAUCACUCGGGUAACAGCAGACAUUUCUCUAGCCAAGCGAUCUGUCUUGAAUAACCCCAGUAAACAUGCCAUCAUCGAACGCUCCAACACGCGCUCCAAUCUUGCUGAGGUACAGAGUGAGAUUGAGAGGAUCUUUGAGCUGGCACGCACAUUGCAGUUGGUGGUUCUGGAUGCUGACACGAUAAACCAUCCAUCUCAGCUGGGCAAGACUUCGCUCGCGCCAAUCAUCGUCUACGUCAAGAUUGCCUCUCCAAAGGUGUUACAGAGAUUAAUCAAAUCUAGAGGAAAGUCUCAGGCGAAACACCUCAACGUGCAGAUGGUGGCAGCAGACAAACUGGCUCAGUGUCCUCCGGACCUGUUCGACAUCAUCCUGGACGAGAAUCAGUUAGAGGACGCCUGCGAGCACAUGGCCGACUAUCUGGAAGCUUACUGGAAAUGCACGCACCCGGCCAGCUGCAGUCCAGCCAAUCCUCUCUUAGAAAAACUCACUGCUGCCCAGUCAGCCACUCCUGAUCCACUGUCUAGUCUGCAUCUGCAGGGCACGGGGGGCGCCCAGAAGGCUGAGAAGUCAUCAGGCGAGAGGAAGAGCUCUCUAGAAGAUCACCACCACCACCACCACCAUAACCGUCACCACCAUCGCUUGCAAAAGCAAGAGAGCCUGGACCAAGCUGAGGAGGACGAUCCUGAGGAAGAGGCUAAUAGAGAACAGAGAGUCUUACGGAGUGAGCGAAGAGCACCGCACAUACACCACCGCUGUUCAUCCACACGGACCGAUCAACACAAUCACCACCAUCACCACCACCACCAUCACAGUCGCACAACACACACACUCUCCAGACAAGAGACGCUGGAGAGCAGAGACUCUGCAUGUGCAGAGCCGCACGCCACUCUCACACACUCAGAUCCACCUACACACUCGCAUACACGCCACACAGGGGAGGAAGAGGAAGAGGAGGACGAGGAGGAGGAGGAGGACGACGACGACGACGAGGAAGAAGAAGAGGAGGAGGAGGAAGAUCAGCCUGUUCAACAUAACCAUCAUCACCACCAUCAUCAUCACGCUAAGGCAGGGAGGGACAGAGAGCGCGAGCACGAUCACAGUGAACGGAACGGCCGGCAGCGUGGACAGCAGAGAUCACAACGAGAACGCUAUCACGAGUGUGAAAGCCAACACUCUAUUGAAGGAGAAGAGAAAAAAGACGAGACGGACUGGGAGACCGAUCCCUACAUCGAGCAGUAACACACACACACACACACACACACACAGACAGACAUGGACUGCAUCGAACAGACGUUAAAACAUCAUACACCAAAAGCUAGAUUCAGGUCCAGAAUUAUUGCCAACCUUGAUCAACAUCAGUGAAGACAAAAGUAGGGAACAUUUAAAGGUGCAGUUUGUAAUGUUUAAAAUGUGUCCCUAGACCUAUAAUAAUGAUAUCACUUCGAAGAUAAUGUUGGAAAAACUGCUAUGUGCAAUAUUGCAGGGUGAUUGAUUGGCCUAGUGUCUUCAUUUCAGGCUUCAAGCCUGGAAACGAGCUCCUGGAAAGUCAUCCAACUCAACUUUUCAUAGAUUCAUCGUGACUGACCUCACCGACAGCAGAAGGCGUGAAUAAUUACAAACUGCUCCUUUAAUACCGAGACACGAUGUACUGUAUAGAAUGCUCUGGAAUGCCAUUCUGGAGAUGCGUCGAAUUUGGCAACGUCGUUAUAAAUCCGUGGAAUAAACUAAAUGUCUUCUAAACAGAACGUUAAGUACGUUGUCUACCCUCCUGGACAUUGCGUCUAUCAUUCCAAAUAUUAUUAUAGUUCACAUUUUGAGGGAUUAUGGGAUACUUGUCCAUACAGAUACUUUAGUGUUGUGCCUAUGAACUGCCAAAUCUGUAGCGAUGGACGCAUCGAACUAGUAAACAAUGGACGUUUCUUUGAAUGCCACAAACGCCAGUGGUGUAGAUGACGCACGGGGUCAGAUUUCUGUUUCGGUCUCAUCCGACGUGUUCCAGUUCACUUUAGGUUCAGGCUCAUUGCAAAGAAUAAAUGUGUAGUAAUAUAAAAUAAAUUAGAUAUAGAACAUAGAAAAUGAUGAAGCUAAUAAUGCUAAUUCUGGGCCUGUCACACCUCACACACAUAUACACACAUACACCAUGUGCUGCUAUCCUGCCCUCUGGACUUUUGGCUCUCUGUUACUAUGCCUCCUUUGUAAAGACUGGUGUUUUUAAAGAUAACAUUAUUGUAAAUAAGAUCUAGGUAUCCAUGCAGACUUGUUCUAUCAGUGUGUGGACACGUGAAUAUUAAACAAUAAAUAUGAGUCAUUAUUAAUUUCC